GGUCGCUAGAAUGGUAGACAGUGUGUACCGCACUCGCUCUUUGGGAGUUGCCGCUGAGGGGCUCCCUGAUCAGUAUGCUGAUGGCCGGGCUGCAAAGGUCUGGCACUAUUACAUUGGGGACAAGCGGAGCCGCACAGAUGAGUAUCGCAACUGGAUCCUGUCUCUGUUGCAACAACACAAUUGUCACACCGUGCUUGAUGUGGCAUGUGGGACCGGGGUGGACUCUGAGAUGCUGGUGGAGGAGGGGUUCUCUGUGGUCAGCGUUGAUGCCAGUGACAAAAUGUUAAAAUAUGCUUUGAAGACAAGAUGGAACCGCAGGAAGGAGCCAGCAUUUGACAAGUGGGGUGACCAGAGUGACCAUCGUCUGGCACUUUCUAACAUUGCAGGGAUGGUUCGUCCUGGUGGCAUCUUCAUCAUAGACCAUCGGAACUAUGACUACAUCCUGAGCACAGGCUGUGCCCCUCAAGGCAAGAACAUUUACUACAAGAGUGAUUUGACCCAAGAUAUCACCACCUCUGUCUUAUGGGUCAACAACAAACCCCAUAUGGUAACUCUGGACUACACAGUGCAGGUUCCUACUCCUGGAGAGACACAGCCAGAGCUAAGUAAGUUCCGCCUCUCCUACUAUCCACAUCGCCUGGACACUUUUUCUGCUCUUCUGCACAAGGCUUUUGGAGGUAAAUGUGAGCACAAAGUUUAUGGAGACUUCUUACCAUACAACCCAGGCCAGGACACGGCUCCCUGCUAUUUCAUUCAUGUGGUAAAGAAGACUGCGUGAGACAGCGAUUCUCAGAGGUCAACCGGUUACUGAUAGGAGCCCAUCAGAAGGACUGGCUGAGACACUAACCAAUGGCAUUGCUUAGUAGUGUGAGAUCUUAGUACUGGAGAUCUCAAGUGCUUUAUGUGCAUCAGAUCAAGGUGAUUAAUGAGGAGGAUUUCUGCAGCUUUAUGAUCUGGAUGGGGGAGCGGGAAAAAGAGCUUGAAAGCAUUGAAUUCAUUGUGAGGCAUUGAGAAUAAUAUGAUAGGUACUGAGAAUAUAAACAUUGUGUACUGUGUAGGGAACUGGAGAUAUAAAAAGGGAGAAAUGUGAUCAUGUUCCCUAUAGAGGCAUUGAGGUCUGAAUUUAUCUAUUUGCCAGCUGAGAAGCAAAGGGACUUAAAGGGACAGUGUGCCUGAAAAUUGUUAUUGUUUAAAAAGAUAGAUAAUCCCUAUAAUUACCCUGUAUCUGAGCCUCUGCAGACUGCCCCUUAUCUCAGUGCUAUUUACAGAUUAAAAUUUUAGCAAAUUAGUGCUGGUUCCUGCAUAACUCAGAUGAAGUGACACAAUGUUAUCUAUAUGUCAUACAUGAACUAGCAGUGUCUAGCUGUAGUGCACAGUAGUGAGCACAAGGUUAUCUAUAUGACACACAUGAACUAGCACUGUCUAGCAGUUGUGCCAGGGAGUGAGUACAAUGUUAUUUACAUGGCACACAUGAACUAGCACUGUCUAGCUGUUGUGCACUUGGGUGAGCACAUUGUUAUCUAUAUGGCACACAUGAACUAGCGCUGUCUGGCUAUAGUGCAUGGGGGUGAGCACAUUGUUAUCUAUAUGGCACACAUGAACUAGCGCUGUCUGGCUGUAGUGCAUGGGGGUGAGCACAUUGUUAUCUAUAUGGCACACAUGAACUAGCGCUGUCUGGCUGUAGUGCAUGGGGGUGAGCACAUUGUUAUCUAUAUGGCACACAUGAACUAGCAGUGUCUAGCUGUAGUGCACAGUAGUGAGCACAAGGUUAUCUAUAUGGCACACAUGAACUAGCACUGUCUGGCUGUGAAAAGCUGAUACAAUUCACUGAGAUAAGAAGCGUUCUGCAGAGCCUUAGAAACGGUCAGAGAUUUUGAGGUUAUAAAGUAUUUUACUAUAAGAAUGUUGGUUGUGCUAAGCUGGGGAAUGGGUAGUAAAGGUAGUAUCUUUCCUUUUAAACAAUGCAAAAAUUAAGUAGACUGUCCCUUUAAUGACUUUCUAAACUUAGAUACGGUCUAAAGGACUAAUUUACCAAAGGUCAGUAAUUGUCUAAAUCUGUUUUCUUGAUUAUUGUUUAUGAAUAAAUGUUGCAGCCAUACACAGUUGA